AAAAACCAAAAGUAUACACUUAAUAAGCGUUGUGUUAAAAGUAUACUAAAGUUAGUAUAAAAAUGUAAGUAUUAACUCAACACUAAUUAGUUUCAACUGUAUACUUUGUAGUGUAAGUGCUCUACCAAAGAGUAUAAAGCGUAAACCUGUAGUGUUAUUUUUAAACUAGUCAUUAAAUAGUUUUUAAUGGUGUGAAACUAGGACAAUAGCGAAUAUUCGAACAUAUAUUUUGGUGUAAAACCAGGACAAUAGCGAGUAUACGAACACAGAAAAUGCUACCGGAGUAGGCGUUGUUUGACGCGUUAAUGAUGAUUGUGAUUUUAUGCCGAGUCAACAUAUGCAAGUGCUUUGCGCACGCGUACAGAUGCAUACCGCGAAGGAGCUAACGAACUCGACGUACCGCCUUUGUGCUGUCAGAACAGCGAGUGCCUUCCGGACGAUCUCGGACGACGCAGCGCUCGUCAUUGCCGGCCAAGUUCCCCUAUGUGAACUGGUGCGGGAGCCACAGAACCAAGACCGAGGUGAAGAGGAGUGCCAGGAUGCAGAGCGUCGACAACUGGCAGGCAGCCUGGGACAACUCCAGCAAGGUGGCUACCAUUGCGCUAGGCAAUACUGCGGUGAUACCGCGCAAUCACGGCCCCUACUCUUGUUGCUUGUACUUAUUUUAGUCUGCAUAUACGUGUUAGGUAAGGGAAUAUAAAAAAAAACACGAAGGAGCUAAAAACAUGUGUUAUGUGUGUUGCGCAAAAUAUGAAUAUUUGUGAAAUAAUAACAAAAUAAUAUGUGAAAUAGAAAUAAAAGAAAAACAACAUACAACUUGAUUUUAUUGGGUUUGGGAUACCACGAAAAACAAAAUAGUAUAAAUUUUAUACUACAGGCAACGGGGAAAUCGUAUAAGUUUUAUGCGAAAUAGUAUCAAAUGUAUACUAACGAUUUCGAUAAAUAGCUUAAAAAGUAUACUACGGCCCUCUAGAUUAGUAUAAAAUGUAUACGAAAUAGUAUAAAACGGAGACUACAUAGGAUAGCUUUUAUACUAAAUAGUAUAAAAAGUAAACUAUCAGCAUAAAUUUCAGUACACUGAGUGAGUAUAAAUUGUAUACUCGUUAGUUUCACUUUGAUAACUUCGAAAGUUUCAGUUUAAUACUUUCGGUGUCAUAAGGUUAAUACGCAUCUUAUCAAGAUAUUUUUGACACUCAAUAGUUUAGUUUUAAUGUACGAAUAGUUUAGUU